UUGAGGCCUUUGAGGUAUACUUUUGUUGAAAAGUAACAGGCAGCUGAGCUGGGGGAUGAAGGAUCAUGGCAGAAGGGACCUCAGAAAAGGAAAGAGAAAUGAUUCACCUGUUAAUUUGAAGAAGUUAGCUGUGGGAAGUGUAUGGUUCUUUAAAGAAUUAAAUGCUAUUUCUAAUUUAACAAAUUUGAAAAGAGGAAACAUCUUGGAAGAGAUUACUAAAUAUUGAAAAUAGAGAGAAUAUAACUAGAGAAGAACAGACUUUUUGGUGGAAGUUAAUACUUCUAACUGAAUAAACCAGUAGGAAUCUACAUGAAUACAACACACCCAGUCGGCAAACAGGGAGGCCUGUUUGUUUAGCUAUAUGUAUAUAUGCUCAGCUAUGCCAAGUAAGCUGUGGAGUUAGAAAACUGAAACCACAUUAACAGAUGCGACUUUGCUGCAAGAUUUUCAGAUGCUGAAAAGACGUUCUGAACAAAGUUCACAUGUUUGAUAUUUGGAGGCAGUAUUGAUUGGGUGCAGAGAAAAUGGGACAAAAACCAUCUCAAGAGUUGGCUCUGAAGGACAGCAAAGAGGAUCUCAGCAUCUGUGAGGUGGUCAGUGGCGCUAUAGUCCAUGCAGCUCAGAAACUGAAGGAGUAUCUUGGAUUCGAAGACCCUCUGAGCAAUCUGUGCCCAGCUCCAAACACUCUGAACGAGAUCUUCUUAAUCCACUUCAUCACUUUCUGCCAAGAAAAGGGAGUUGAUGGGUGGCUCACCACCACCAAGAUGACAAAGCACCAGGCCUUCCUGUUUGGGGCGGACUGGAUCUGGACUUUUUGGGGAUCUGACAAGCAAAUAAGGCUUCAGCUGGCGGUACAGACUCUGCAGAUGUCUUCUCUCCCUCCUGUGGAAUCUACACCUUGUGACCUCUCCAAUCCGGACGCCAAGGCAGAGGAGUCUUCCGGGAAGAGAAGUAGAUUUGAUAAGUUGGAAGAAUUCUGUAAAUUGAUAGGAGAGGAUUGUCUGGGCCUGUUCCUCAUCUUUGGUGUGCCAGGAAAGCCUAAAGACAUCAGAGGAGUUGUCCUGGACAGUGUCAAAAGUGAGACAGUGAGGGGUGGUCUCCCAGGAGAGAAGGCCGUGACACAAUUUGUCCUGGAAACUGAAGACUGUGUCUCUAUCAGAGAGCUGCUUGGAAACUGUCUGAGUAAGAAAGAUGGGCUAAGGGAGGUGGGCAAGGUUUAUAUCAGCAUCCUCUGAACUGGUUAUGUGUGAUGAGACUGGCCUGUAAGAUGAAAAGAAAAAGAUAUUUUGUUCUAGUAAGCAAGAUCAUCCACUUGCAUCAUCUCAGCAUGAGAUUCCCCCCGACCCUCCAUUGAAUGAAAAUUAUCACCUGGGUCAAAAUGUAUAAGUGUCAUGAUUAUGGAGAGAAAAAAAACCCAGCCCAUUUUGCAGGGAAAACUGACAAUUUGGCUUAAUCUUUAUUUACUCAAUAAUAAAAGAGGAAUUUGAUUUGCCAAAAAAAAAAAAAAAAGUCUUUAUUUGAAACAAUAA